AUGAAGUCGAUCGGCAUCUUCCCGGGCUCGGGCGCUCUUGGCGGCAGCACGUACGACUACCUCUUGAAACUCCUCCCCAGCGAUCACAUCAUUCUCAUCAACCGUCACCCGGACCGCGUGCCCCAAGACCACAUCAAGAACGGCGUCCGCGCACGCAAGGCAUCAUAUGAGUCGAGUCCUUCCGAUCUCGAGGCCGCCUUCGCAGGCAUCGAAGUGCUCUUUCUCAUUUCCUACCCAAGUCAUGUCCACGACUACCGCAGAAAGGUGCAACUACCAGCCGUCGACGCAGCGCGCCGCGCAGGCGUAAAGCACAUCUUCUACAGCUCACUAGCUUUUGGCGGGGACCUGCAAGAUGCCUCGGUAGCGGAGGUGAUGCAAGCUCACCUAGACACGGAGCGCCACCUCGCCGCGGCCGCGGCCUCCGAUCCGAGCUUCACCUACACCGCCGUCCGCGAGGGCCUCUACUCGGAGUCGUACCCAAUCUACACCUCCUUCUUCGACGUCAACGCCCCUACCGCCACCACCGACGAGAUCCUCAUCCCGCACGCCGGCGCCGGCGCCGGUCCCGGCGUGUCGUGGGUGAAGCGCGACGAGCUGGCCGAGGCGACGGCGAAGCUCAUGGCGCAGUACUCCUGGGACCCGGACCACUUUGCCCACGUCAACAAAAAGAUCCUGCUCACGGGGCCGCGGGCCUGGUCUCUUGCGGAGACGGUCGGGGUCCUCGGCGCCGUUGCCGGCAGGGACCUGCGGAUCCGCGAGGUGAGCGUGGACGAGUAUGUCCGGCUGCCGCAGGUUGUGGCGCGGUUCGGGUCGCAGGACAAUGCGAGGACGUGGGCGACGGCGUGGGAGGCGAUUGGCGCAGGGGAGACUGCCGUUGUGUCGGAGACGCUGAGGGCGGUGAUAGGGCGGGAUCCGGAGGCGUUUGAUGUCACAAUGAAGAAUCUGAGGCAAGCGUGA